AUGGAUCAAAUUAAACGAAAAUUAUCGUUUAAUCAAUCAUUAAAAGAAGAUAUAAAGAAAUCUCGAAAUGAAUUUGAUCAAACAAUAACUUCUAUUGAAAAUUUUUCAAAUGAAUUUUUCUAUGAAAUAUUUGAUUAUCUUUAUGGUGAUGAUAUAUAUAAAGCAUUUUCAAAUUUAAAUGAUCGUUUUCAACAACUUCUCAAUUCUUCAGCUGUAUUAUUUAAAAUUUAUAUUGAUGAUUCAAAAUAUAAUGAUACAUAUAUGAAUAAGUAUGAAGAAUUUUUUCGUCAGAAUAAACAUAAAAUUUUGUCUUUAAAUAUACAAUUAUUGAAAGAAAGUAAUAAAUAUUCCUCAUUCUUUACAGUCAAUUCAUUAUUCAAUUGUCUUGAAUCACUUAUUAUUGAUAUAUGUGAAUCAACUAGACUUAUUGCAAUUCUUAUUAAUUUAUCUUGUCUACCUCGACUGUUUUCGUUAACUAUAGAAUUACCUUGUUCGACAAAAAUUCUAAAUGACACCUAUCGAAUAAUAUUUACUUUAUCUACAUUAAAAACUUGCAGACUUAAAGGUUGGAAAAAUGAAGAAUCAAUUUCACUUCCAAUGGCUAGCAAUCAAAAACUGAAUACUCUUAAAUAUCUCACUAUUGAUCAUCAUUGUACACUCAAUGAACUUUAUAUUAUUAUUUCUUAUACACCUCAACUUCAUCGUCUAAAUCUUUUAUAUGAUUUUGAGAUUGAUUCAAAUAUAAAAACUAUUUUACCAAUUAAAUUAUCCAAUUUAACAUCUAUUUCGUUGCAUAUGAAUCGUGUUAAUUUUGAUGAGUUCGAAAUAUUUAUUAAAAAAUUAUAUUCGUAUUUAAAAAUUUUACGCAUUACUAAUCAAUCGAAAGAUAUAACCUUUCUUAAUGCUCAUCGAUGGGAACAGUUAGUUUUACAAUGUAUUCCUCAAUUAGAAGAAUUUGAUUUACAAUAUUAUGAACAAAGAAAUGAUCAAUUUGAUUAUUCUUCAUAUACUCGAGAAUCAGAUCAAUUUAUUUCAUCAUUUUGGAUUGAACGAAAAUGGAUAUUUGAAAUUGAAAUCAAUAAUGAAUCUAUUAAUUAUUUAAUUCACCCGUAUAGAAAAAGAUGGUAUGAAAAUUGUAAUUCUAUACCUGAUCUUACCAAAUUCACUCGAUUAACUCUUACGUAUAUCCUUCCUGAUAGUCUUCACGAAUCAGUUAUAGUAGAUAUUAAACGUGUUUUAACUAUAGCACAAGUAUAUCAUUUGGAAAUUCCAGAAGAAAAUAUUUUUAUUGGUGCAUUAAUCGAAGCUUUAAAUUUAGUACCAGAACUUAAUACAUUAAAAAUUUAUUCUUUAUCAUUAUAUGAACCAAGAAAUUUAAGUUUUGAAGAAUAUAUGAUUUUAUGUUCAAUUGAAGAUAUAAGUCCAGGUAAACUUAAAUGGAACAGAACAGCAACAACAAUCAUUGGUGGUUAUGGUACAGGUCCCAAUCAAUUAAAUUAUCCCAACGGUAUAUUUAUUGAGUCAAAAACAAAAAUUUUAUAUAUUGCUGACGUUGGAAACCAUCGCGUUCAAAAAAGAUAUCCGAAUGGUGAAAUUAUUACUGCCGCUGGUGAUCCACACGGUCGAGCUGGAAUUCAAUAUUGGCAGAGAGAUGCCCAAAACGGAACAACAGUAGCUGGAAAUGAAAGUUUAGGUGCAGCAUUAAAUGAAUUUCAUUUUCCAACAAGAGUCUUAGUCGGUUCAAAAAAGAAUAUAAUUGUUGCUGACAGCCUAAAUCAGCAGAUCAUGCAAUGGACAUUUCCAUAUGAUCCUAAAAAAAAUGUUGGCACAAUUAUUGCUGGUGGUAACGGUGCAGGUCUUAAUCCAUAUCAAUUAAAUAAUCCUAAUGGUUUAUAUUUAGAUGAACACAAUCAAAUUUUAUAUAUAUCAAAUGAGGAAUCACAUUCAAUAACACAAUGGGUUAUUGGUGAUUAUGAACCUCGUAAUAUAUAUGCUGGUAUACCUGGGAGAUCUGGUGAUAGUGCAAUCCAAUUAUACCGUCCUCAAGGCAUAACUCUGGAUAGAUAUGGAAAUUUAUAUGUAUCAGAUUCAUACAACAAUCGUGUGCAAAUGUUUUGCCCAAAUUCUGUAUUUGGUAUUACGGUUGCAGGAACGGGAGACGCUGGAAGUAGUAGUAAUCAAUUAUCUUACCCACAAGAUAUAACAUUUGAUUCAGAAAUGAAUUUAUACGUUACAGAUACUCACAAUUUUCGCAUACAAAAAUUUGACAGAAUACAAUAA